AUGAGGGCUAUAUCUACCUCUCACUACUUGAUUGAUCUCCUACAAAUGAUUCACAGCAACGCUGACAAGCCCAAAAUCAUUACUACAAUGGUGACAACGGACUUCAGUAAAGCGUUCGACAGGAUAGACCACAAUAUAGCUGUCCUCAAACUGCUCCAGAUGAACGUCCGUCCGAGUGCUGUAGCAUGGAUAGCGAACUUUCUCCCCAAACGACAACAGAGCGUGAAAUAUCGAACGACGCUCUCUGAUUGGCUGGAAGUUUCUGCAGGGGCUCCACAAGGGACUAGACUUGGUCCCAUUAUCUUCCUGGCUAUCAUCAACGAGGCAUGCCGGAGGUCACCGUCGUCUCACUGGAAAUAUGUGGAUGACCUAACAAUGCUAGAAUGCAAGAAAUCUCCAUCGCCACCGAAUAUCCAGUCAAGUUGCUGUGCUGCGGAGCGGGGAGACCCUCUUCAUGGCUUCUUUGUUCUCUAG